AUGCAGAGUCGAUAUUUAGAAUCCGGCUGCGAUGACGCCGUUUGGCAACGAAAAAUAGACGCGUUGCCGUUGUACGAAACAUUGUACUCCUUCACACAGAAUACUGUACGAAAAUAUUCGGAUUUGAAAUGGGCGCUAAUAGAUCGGGAGCGGGAAGCAAUCCGCGCAGAGCUUGAUCUGAUAGCUGCUCAAUCUUCACUACUUGUUACGCAUGCUCAGAAUGAAAGACUACGCAUAAGGCUAGGGGAAACUCGUCCAAAACGUCCUGCUUCAUUCCAUGGCGAAGAUUUGACUAAUAGAAUGGCCAAGAGAGAAAUGAACUUCUUCUUGCCUUUCAAACUCCAAGGUUCCCGCAUAGAAAACUCUAGAAGAGUCCUGACCAAGAAAACCGUUGACUGUGAAAAAGACCUUGAAAGCGAAUUCCUGACAAUGUUUGCUAAUGGAAGAAAUGCAGCACAUUCAAACGCUCAGGAGAAACCCUAUGCCACUUCACGAAUCGAACACAUGAUGAGAGAAAUGUCCUUCAAUAACAAGUCGAGAAAAUUGCCUCCACCGUCAUAUAUUCGUGAGAAACCGCGAAAUUCUUCUAGCAGGCCCAUGAGGUGCGAAAAUCAUCAAAAAUCGAAAAAGAAUUAA